GAGAGCGAAGGGGAAGAAGUGAUAGAUAUUGAGAGUGCUAAAGAAGAAGCAGCCAAAACACCGACGAAAACAAAACAAAACAAAACUCCUAAGUCGGGGGUAGUUUUGAGGGGACAUGCCAAAUUGUACUCUGAAGAUUUAAAAAGCUGAAAAGAUGGUCGAGGAGAACCAGAAACCAUAUUCCACGCGUCACAAAGCCUACAUCCUUCCGAAUAUACACAAUGGUCUUCCACAGUCGCAUCGCACUUGCUGAGGACUACGACCUCUCCCAGUCCCAGAUUGAUGAGUACCAGAACAAUGGCCACAUCCUGCUCAGGAAUGUCAUUCCUAAAUCGGCGAUCCCUGAAUUGCGCGUUGCCGUCUUGCGAGCCCACGAAGCUCUCAAAGCCGAAGAGGAGGACUUCCAGAAGGCGUUCCGCAUCACCCAAAACCAAUGGCAAAUCAACGACGUCGUGCGUGCUCAUGUCUUGUCUAAGCGCUACGCAGGAAUCGCUGCGAAGUUGUUAGGUUGUCGUGACGUGCGGAUUUAUCACGACAUCACCUUCUUCAAGGACGGUCUUGGUAAAGGCAAACGGACACCGUGGCACCAGGACGGGCACUACUGGCCCCUUGACACGGACAAGUGCAUAACCCUUUGGGUUCCGCUGAUAGAUUGUCCGGUAGACAUGGGUCCUAUGUCGUUUGUGUCGGGUUCACACCUCAGUAGACAUGCUGAGCAUCUGCCGAUUUCUGAUGAGAGCGAUGAAUAUAUCAGAAAUUUGGUCGAGAGGGAAAACCUUUCCGUGCACCCCGCGCAACAUAUGAACGCAGGAGAUGCGACAUUCCACUCUUGCUGGACGUAUCAUGCUGCGGCAUGCAACACGACAGAAAAUACUAGAAUUGCUUUCGCUAUCGCGUACUAUGAUGCCGAUGCAACGAUUCCCCUGCAACCGCCCACCAAUGAAUGGCGUGCUGCCAACCUGGCCAGGUGGUUCCCUGGGGCCGUACUCGGCGGGCCCGCGGCCACCGCCAAGAAUCCUGCUGUUCUUUUUCCCUGUGAUUGAGUAUUCAUUGAUACCUGAUGGAACGAGACUACCCCCCAUUUUGCCGUGGUCUUUGGUAGGUGCUCGCAUUCAUCGUCGUGCUUGUAUGAUCAACCUAACGUCGUUCGCCAGGGGGGUCGGCAACUUGUCUCCCCUACCACGAACACAGAUACUUGCCCGGUAUUUAUAGCGUAGAGGUUACAGUCGCACAGCUGGGAAUAAAUGAUAGCACAAGGUGCAAAAUAAUUGUUCAUCGGAUUUCAUCAUACUAUUGUAAACAUUGUUAUGAAUUGGGU